AGUGGUCUCCCUUUCCUACCUUUUACACCCUCCGUUAGUUUCAUUCUCGCCAACGUGACGGUCCUCUCUCUCUCGUGGCCGCGUGUUACUCUUCGUCACUCCUGCGCUCCAGCGCUCCAGCGAGCUUGCGCGCCUCAUCCUGUACGGAAGAGGCCUCCUCGACGAAGGAGGACCACCGUCAGGAUUCCGAUCAGUUUGCCGGCAACCCUCAGUCCGUACGUACGUGUCUGGUACCAGCGAUCCGCGUGCCGUUCAUCACGUGCAUCCACGCAAGACGCCGAAUCACGCCGACUCUCACCGAGGUGACUGUGCAAGCAAAUAGGAAAAGAGAGAGAGAGAGAGUCCUUGGUUAGUUUUCACACAGGAUUCAGGAUGUUAGAGAAGUUUGCACAUCCGAGGAAUACUGACUUGCGACCCUCUGGGAGACCUUGAGAAACUUUUUCGAGGAUAACGGUGCAGGUUUGAGAUAAAUUCAUUUAGUCGGAUCAGUCUGGUCUCCUUUAUUUCACGCGUGAAAUCUAGAAAGGGGCCGUCAAUUUCGCAUAUUGAAAGAAGAUUUCCGCGUGUUCGUCGUAUGUACAUACGUGCAAACACAGUUCACUUUGUGACGAGUUGUUGACAACGAGGACGGGACGAAUUUUCUAGGUUCGUUCAGGGAAAAACGUUCGUUUUUAUAUUCGAGGUAACUCUAAGAUUCUGUGAAUCGAUGCAUUACGAUGGAGAUCGAUGGAGCUGAAGAUUUACGUAAGUUUCAUCGAACCUCGCACGGAACUUCGUCUCCAUGCUGAUAACUCGAUUGCGGUGGUGUUAAUGGAAGGCUGAUCGGGAAUGAGGAAACCAUCCAACAUUUCACCCUGGAUCAAUAACCGUGACAAAAUGGUGGAUCGGCAAAAAGUACUUCUAAUGGUGUUAAUAGCUCUUUUAAUUUAUCCAAAUGACAUUUUUGGCGGUGCUUUUCCACCAGAAUUCGCUGAUACUAUAAAAAAUGUAACAGUAUCGCUGGGAAGGGACGCAACCUUUACGUGUCUGGUCAAUCAUUUGGGGGGCUACAGGAUUGGGUGGCUGAAAGUAGAUACUAAGGCGAUCCAGGCGAUCCACGAUCACGUAAUAACUCACAAUAACAGGGUCUCGGUAUCUCAUAGCGAUCAUACCAUGUGGAAUCUCCACAUAAAGAACGUGCAAAAGGAAGACGAGGGGCUCUACAUGUGUCAGAUUAACACAGAUCCGAUGAAAAGUCAGACAGGCAUGUUGUCAGUCGUCGUGCCACCGGACUUUAUUCCGGAAGAGACAUCGAGCGAUGUCAUGAUACGCGAAGGAGGACAGGUGAAGUUAACGUGCCGUGCAAGAGGCGUGCCUACACCCAGCAUAUCGUGGCGUAGAGAAGACGGGAAGAACAUUAUAAUUCGGCAGCCAUUUGCAGGAAGCGCCUUGAACCAAAAGCCUCAUGUGACUUCAGUAAACGAGUACCACGGCGAAGAGCUGAAACUGACAAAGAUCUCGAGAAACGAAAUGGGAGUUUAUCUCUGUAUCGCCAUCAACGGUGUGCCACCGGCGGUCAGCAAACGUAUUUCUAUCAACGUUCAUUUUUCGCCGGUAAUUCAUGUACCUAAUCAACUGGUAGGUGCACCUCUGGGUACGGAUGUUGUCCUGGAAUGUUUUGUCGAGGCUUCACCCAAGUCGAUUAAUUAUUGGGUCAAGGAUAACGCGAUGAUAAUAUCGAGUCAACAACAUGACGUGCAGAUGAUCGAAAAAUCAAAGUUCGAGAUCCGGAUGGUGUUAACAAUUCGCAAUUUACAAAAAGAUAACGUGGGUACUUACAAGUGUGUAGCCAAAAAUUCUCUUGGUGACGUCGAGAGCAGUAUUCGAUUGUAUGAAAUUUCAGGGCCUACAAAAACUCAAACAGUUGCUCGGCCAUCUUUUUACGACGAAGAGGACGAGACUGUGUAUGGUUCGGCAGAAAUCGAGAAAAUGGAGAACAAACCUCUAUCCGUAGACAAUGGACAUGUAGGAUAUCCAUCGGUUGCAACUCCAGUGCCGACCGUAAGGAUCGGUAAGAAAAGGCCAACAAUCAGCGCUAAUUCUAACGCGAAUCAUCGUCGACGAGCCUCUGAUCUCCUCAUCAUUCUAAUGCUGAUCAUUGCGUGUGAAAGAUGUCAGUGAACAAACAAGCAGCUAAAGGUUUGGAAAAUCUGCUGUUAUUAGAUAUAGGUAUAUUGAUAUCGUAAUAAUGUAAGAAAGGAUUGAUGUACAAUGCGCUUUAUUUUACAUUAAUUUGGUGCAGACCAAGCACGUCUUCACUUUCCUCAGUGACUUAUUCUUACAUUGUAAUUUUAAUGAUAAGAGAGCAAAGAUAAAUUGAUUUUGGCGAAUCGGUGAAACGAUGGAAGGAUUUGGAUUAAAA